UUGAAGUUGUGCAGCAUCAGCAAAGUGGAUCAUCUUUGUGCGCUCUUUUAUAUAAGCUUCAAAAUUAGCUGAUAAUUAGUAUCAGCUAAAACGAUGUGCCGUUUGCCAAUUCUGUGCGUACUGCUUAUUAUAGCAGUUUACGCUACCGCUGAACUGCAUAGCAGUGACGUCGAAGAUACAGAUGAAUUAUCAGAUGAUAUUGAUUCGUCUGAAUCAUUUGAAAACGACGCUCUGGAUGCAGACUGGAACAAUUUUUAUAGAAGGAAACCACAUGACCAUUCAAAGGAAAAAAAGUCAAAGGAAAAUAAACAUUCAAAGGAAAAGAAAUCUAAAGAAAAUAAACAUUCAAAGGAAAAGAAAUCUAAAGAAAAGAAACAUUCCAGAGAAGAUAAGAAUAGACCAAUAAUUUCAGACGAUGCAGUUUUCUUGCCCCAUGAGAGAUUCUGCAAAUAUUUUUAUGAAUUUGAUGGUUCUGAAGCCCGCCUCCUGUCGUGCCCUAAAGGACAUCGUUUUGAUGCUGAAAAGUUACAAUGUCUAAAGUCCAAAGAAGUAGAUUGUGGAAAACGCAAGAAAAAUGUUGACAGCAGUGAAGAAAACAAAGCCAGAAUCAAUUUCAAGUGUCCUCGAUGGUAUGGUCUCCACAAACACGAGUAUUAUUGCCAUCUUUAUUACAACUGUCAAUACAAGAGGGUGCGGUUAUUUAUGUGUCCACAAGGAAUGUUGUUCGACGAAAACAGAAACAGUUGUGAAUCUAGUGAAAAUGUCGAUUGCAAAAAGAGGAUUGACCCAAGUGGUGACAACGAACUGCGUCCGACAGUCAAGCCAGAAGGGUUUGUGUGCCCAUCCAAAAGCGGCAAAUUCCCGCAUGAGAGGGACUGCAGUGCUUUUUACAAAUGUGAGAACAGAAAGUACAAAAUACACUAUUGCUCGAAAGGAAAACUGUACAACGAACGUAAGAGGAACUGUGAAUCUGAAAAUAAGGUGACAUGUGGAAGCAGAAUUCACCCAGAUCUGGAUCCUGAUGAACCCGAGGACAAAGUAGUUGAUCCCCGUCCAAAGUUCAAUUGCAACCAGAACUUCGGCAGGUUCACUCACGAAGCGUACUGUAACUGGUAUUAUCAAUGCCACGACCGCCUUCCAUCAAUCCGAGAAUGCAGAAGAGGAAGGCGAUAUCACUCUCACAGAAGGAGGUGCCUUGACAAACACGAAGUAACUUGUGAUGGGAAACCAGACAAAGAGGAUCCAAUUACUGAAGAAAUAACCACAACACCAAUUUCCACUGAAUCAGACACACCCUCUGAACCAGAAACUACACCAACUGCACCAGAAACUACACCAACUGAACCAGAAACUACACCAACUGAACCAGAAACUACACCAACUGAACCAGAAACUACUCCAUCCGAACCAGAAACAACUCCAUCCGAACCAGAAACAACACCAACUGAAACUGAAACAACACCAACAGAAACAGAAACAACACCAACGGAACCAGAAGUGACACCAUCCGAACCAGAAACGACACCAUCCGAACCAGAAACAACGCCAUCCGAACCAGAAACUACGCCGUCCGAACCAGAAACAACGCCAUCCGAACCAGAAACUACGCCGUCCGAACCAGAAACAACGCCAUCCGAACCAGAAACUACUCCAAGUGAGCCUGAAACAACCACUACCACUACGACAGAAGAGCCAACUACAACCCAAAAACCCAAAGUUACAGCUCCCGACACGGACUGUGAUGAGGACGAUGUAGACUGCAUUAUUGAUGAUUUAGGAAUAACGCCAGAUUGGUUUGUAUGUCCUGAGGAUAUCGGAAGCUAUCCUCAUCCAAGUAGUAGAAAGCUAUUCAUUUUCUGCCUCAACUGGAAGCCGUCGGUGAAAAAAUGUGGACAAGAUUUGUUGUAUUCUGAGGAUUUGAGAACCUGUGUUCAUCCAUAAUAAGGCAUAAAUAACAUUCUAAGUUUGAAUAAAAGAUUGCAAUAAAUAUUUUUAUUGAGAUUUA